UUUCUUCUUUAGAAAUUCACGAAAUAUCCAUUUCGCUUCAAGCAUAAAAAAAAAUCUUUUAAUUCCAACAAGGAAAUAGCGCUAUUGAGAAAUACAUCGUAUUUUUAUUCGAUUAUGCGAUUUCCAGAGUCAGAAAUUACAAACGAUCUUUAUUUCUAUCCGUCAGUUCGCUGACCCUAAUCUAAUUUUGUACACUAAAUCACCCGGCUUAUCAAUCUAAUUCUCUUUUAAAUUAGAUUAUCUCAUCUGCGAUACGAAAACACAGAUAAAGAAAAUUCGACUGACUGUAGUGUCCUAUAAACGACUUUCUACAGUUAUAAAACUCGUUUAUUCAAAUUCGUCAUUCAAGCGCGACGUUUGGCUCGGUCGCUAACUCGCAUGGCAACUUACCUACAGUCGCUCGUCAACUGUCUUCUCGGCGGCCGUGGCCGCGCGCGGCCACCGGAGCUAAUGAGAAGAUCCUUACGUUCCCCGGAAUCCGUUACGUGGUAUCGUCGCGCCGCGCUUUUGUCCAGCGUUAUCACGGUGAGGAGGCGGCGACAGGACAGGACCGGGUGGUCGCGCGUGGUCUGUGAUACUUGUCCGCGAGGAGGAAGACAACGACGACGAGCACGACGACGACGAUAACGAGGACGACAACGACGACGCCGCUGCGACGAGGAUGACGUCCCGUCACGAGAAGGAGCGCGCUAAGCAGAUCCAGGAGAAAUGUCAGAACCUGCUGACGCAGAUGCUUCGCGACGAGGACAACAAGUAUUGCGUUGACUGCGACGCGAAAGGACCAAGAUGGGCUAGCUGGAAUCUAGGAAUCUUUUUGUGUAUCCGAUGUGCUGGUAUACACAGAAAUCUCGGAGUACACAUAAGCAAAGUUAAAUCUGUUAAUUUGGAUACAUGGACACCGGAACAAGUAGUGAGUUUACAACAGAUGGGCAAUUCUCGAGCCAGAGCGGUCUACGAAGCAAAUCUUCCAGAUAGUUUUCGAAGACCUCAAACGGAUUGCAGCCUGGAAAGCUUCAUUCGAGCGAAAUACGAACACAAAAAGUAUAUAGCCAGGGAAUGGGUGCCACCACCUUUACCAAAGGUAAAUUGGGACAAAGAACUCGAUGAGGAGGCCGAAAGGCAACGCAGACGGAAAAAGGAGACCUCCGAGGCCGCGACCACUGUGCUCCCACCUGUAAAAAAGCCGGAAGUAGUGCCUCAAUUGCCGAAACCUCGUAGUUCCGUCAGUCCUAAGCUUGCCAGAACGAAAGAAAGUUCCGCGAUAUUUGAUCUCUUGGGUCUCGACGCGCCAGCAACCAAUCAGACAAGCGUGAACGGUGGCGGAGACGACGUGUUCUCCUCAUUCUUGUCCGCUCCGCCUAACUCGAUGGCUUCUUCAACUGGGAAUGACGCUUCGAACGGAAGUAAAACAACCGGCAGCACGGGUAAAAGCGAGGAGGAAAACAGCUUUUUCGAUCAACCGACUCCGCUACCUCAGGAGAAGAGCAAGAUGACAAAGGACAGUAUUUUAGCGCUGUAUGGCACUCCGAGUCAUCAACCGGCGAUUUAUGGUGUCCCAGCGGGAGUGUAUCCUCAGCAUUCCAUGCCGUAUAAACAGCAAAUGCCAAAUGUGGGUGCCUUCGGACAAAGUUCCUUGGCUGGUCAACUCGGCCAGCUGCCCGCGCAGAUGCCGGUCGCCAGUCAGAUACCGGUAAAUCAAAAUCAGAUCAUGGCGAAUGCCGGCUCGAUAGGCGCCGCCGUGGCGGCUAAUCCUUUGGGCUUGCACAUAGGACAAAUGAAUCAUCAACUGAAUGGCGUUCCAGCCCCUGCUAUUUCGAUGCAACCACAAAUGAUGAUGCAGGUGGGGCAAAAUACUAACAUACCCAGCAACAAUGGGUGGAGCGGUAUGCUGACGCAGAAUCUUCAACCGGCUCCCGGUAGCAAUCCCUUCUUCAAUUUGCCGCAGCAACCGCAACCCGCUGCGUUCGCCACUCAGUUGCCGCAACAAAUGGCGCAGAUGUCCCUGGGCGACAUGAACUUCGCUGCCGCGACGACGGGCAAGCCCGCGGCUGCCGCGCUACCUGGGCAAACCCUCUCCACCAAUUUAUGGCAGUAAACAGAUAUUACGGAUAUCGUUAGCCUGUUGAUUAUCUCAUUCAGUGUUGCAUACUAGUGUCGACAGUUUAUUAUCCGAUGUAAUAACGUUUCCAUGUCCGCUCUCGUCGGACUCGUUGCUCUGGAAAGUCAUAGAACGGACGGAAGCGCGAAAGUGCAAGAGGGGGAGGAGGGAGGGGGAGGCGAACUGUCGUUCGAAUGUUGUCCCGUGUGCAAAACAUAAUUCGUGGAUAUGUGUAUAGUGCUUCGAGUCGAUAUAAAAUAUUUUUCUUCGGGAGCCUCGGCGCCAGUCGUAUCGUUGGAAGGGAAGGAAACCGCAAUUUUAGAGUAAAACCGAUCUCUGAACUGGAGUUCCUCGCGAGGGAGUUAGUCCGUGUGUGAUGCUAGAUCCUGUACCUCAUGAUGCGAGUUAUGUUGCUACAAUAUUGAGAGCUUUUUUGUAUUUGCGAAUUGAAGUACAUGCCAGGGUCCAUUCUCUCAGCAUAACACAGAAUAUUAUUCGUUUCGGGUUGGCGAUCACGGGAAAACGGUGUAAUUCUACGGGGAUAAUUCUCGGCUUUCGCUGCUGCUGCUGCACGGGAAAGUGCGAGUUUACUGAAACUGGAAAUCAGAAUUACAACUGGCGUUCUCGGGCGGGCUAGCAGUGUACGUUUUCUCGCGUCGGGUAGCACCGACGGAAAGUUUAUCGAGUUUGUUGGAAUUGCGCCGAUUUCCAGACGCCUAUUUCAAAUAGAGAUGCACACGUGCAUGUAGAAAGUUCCAGCAGAAAUGUGACAAGACUUGGACAUCUUCGACAUCCUUAUUUUUAAGGUACUAUAACCGACACGUGCAAUAUGUGUCCACAUUUAUCCUGUAUUAUUGGUGAAUAAAUGCAAGGAUAACGUAAAUGCGACAUUCGACGCAUUUUAUUUAAGGAUAGAAUAUUAUUGUUGUAACGAUCAUUGAAUUCGGUAAUCGUUCGCUAUAAAUAUCUACGAGAGAAAGCCGUGAAUCAUGCAUUGAUGCUACGGAUUCUCAACAGUUGAGUUGAUUUUUCAUUGAGCAAUGAUGCACGAAAAUUAUAUCUCGCGUAAAAAAUGUGUUCCACCGAAUUUUCGGGUUCUAGAGAGAAUCUUUAAAAAAGAUAUUUUGCGAUUGCAGAUAAUCGAAUAAUGAGAAUAAUUUGAUCGUUUAAUAUAUCUUUAUAUAUAUUAAUGUUUAAUUAACUACUGUUUCUCUUGAACAAAGAAAACAGGUUGAUAUUACUAUUUUAAUCAACCUUCAAAUUAUUUAUUCCGUUUCGUGGCGCUCAUGCUGGAAAAUCAAUCAUAUGAAGAGCAAUUUUUAUCGACACGUUAUUCAUGUGUGAAGAUUUAUCUGAUAUACGAAAGGCACUACUACUUAGGUGUAACCGCAGCCCGUCUUUCAAGAUACCGAUGAAUGCCUGUCUAGGCGUGCGCACUUUCUCGAUUACUGGUCUCGCAUAGAACUGAAUUUUGUAAUUUACAUGUAAUUUACAAAGAAAUUAAGAGCUGAAAAUACAAACUGAGCAAUCGAGUCGAAUUCUUCACGAGUUUGUUUCAAUUGAAAUUUUAUUCGUUACUGAACGAUUCGCUUUUCUUUAACUCUUGAUCACAAAAUCCAGAUACAAGUCCAAGACAGAUCUGUAGUCAAGAAAAUCUGCGCGGUACGUGGAACACCAUACGUGAGUAGGAGCGAGACGCGGUAUUUUCGGCCGAGUAUUUUCAAUUAACGAUCCCUUUGGAAAAGUGAUAUAAUCAAUAGAAAUUAUACUACAAGGGAGACUUAAAAAAGCGCAUCUUAAUUGUUGCCUACGGUUAAAAAGCCGUUAUUUAUAUGGAUUAUUAUUAUGAUAAGUGAUUAUGAAUGGUGUGUACUUGCGCAUUCAAAUAUAACUACAUUUUAUUGUAAUUUAAUUAUAUUAUUACUGGUCUUUUUUGAAAUGUUAAGUAGAAUGAAUGAAACAUUUCGUGGCACAUUUCGAAAGAAAUGUCGAAAUCGACAAUAAGUUACUCCAUUAACGCGUCUUUCUCUUUCCCUCUCUCUCUCUCUUGACAAUUUUCUAUAUUAAAUUUGUCAAGUGUCGCAUUCAACAAUUUCGUGCGUUUCACAUGUGUUAAUACAUGUUUACUAAUUCUGGCAUUUCUUGUAAAAGAACAUAAGAGAAAAAAAGUGCAUAUUUCUCUAGAGUCUAGAGCUUCAAAAUCACGAUUAAAAACGUACACAUAAUUCUAUAAUGAGGGAGAUAGAAGAGCAUCGCAGACAUUCGUGUAUCCUACGAUCAAACUCUGUACAACAAAAUUUAGUAAAUAUACGGAAAAUGCAACAACACAA